AAAUCCAACAAUUAUGACUAUUUUCGUUUGUUGAUAGGUUGUGAGCUGGUCUGGAUGGCUUACAGAUCUUAUUGGCUUUCAAGAUGAAGUUUCAACAGAGUAUAAUAACAUCUUUUGUAAUGACAAAAAAGCAGAAUCGUUCAAGGUUUUUCGUCUCCUUAAUGCAUUGAGCAACCUCAUGAUGCUUCCAUUUUAAAUGCUCAUAGAUGCAUCCACAAGAAAAGAAGUCUGCCCAAUAUUUGGUCCAGCUUUGAUCAAAAGAGUUCUCGCCAAUUUUGUUCCAGAUGAUUUCCGUCCUGAUCCAAUUCCAAUGAAUGUCCUUGAGGCCCUAGAUUGUGAAGUAAGUUUUCCCUCUCAUUUUGUCCUAUUUAUGGAGCUAAUUAGCCUGAAGUCACAUAACCUUUCUUACACAAUAUUUUUCCGGAUUAAGGAUGUAAAAGAUGGUCCUGGAGAAUUGCUGACUAGCUUCCCGUGCACUUUCACAUUGCCUGUCUAUACACCUCCUCCAGCAUUGUCUCUCACUACUUUUAUAGAGAAGGUUGGCAAUCAAGCUCCAAAGAUUAGGGGUUCAUCUGUACUCAAGAAAACAUACACUAGUGAUGUUGAACUUGAUGAGCUGGACUCACCAUUUACUUCGUUCCUCGCUGAUAGCUUCAAGGAUUAUCCAAAUUUAGCAAAACCUGCUAGAAAUAUUGUUAGAUACCAGCUUCUCUGUGAAGCGUGGAAGGAGGUUCAACAGUGAGGAUACCAGCAAGUUUACAUAUUUGGAAGAAAUGAUGUUAUUUCCU